AACCAGUAUCCGUUUGUAUUGCCCGUCAUUCGCAUCCUUGUCCCAUGGCCUGGAAAAGCUGCGUGUGCUGAUCUGGAAUCAGCCGAGCCAAGCAAUCUGCUACUGUAACGUUAGCCUGCUAGCUAGCGCCUUCCACCACAGUGCCCUCGGGGUCCACGCUCUCUUUACGGCUGUCGCAGCGCUCGCAGCCUGUUGCUGUGGGUCGGUGGUCGGUACAUUGUUUACCGCUUCUUUUCCAGUUUCCCUGGGGCACUGUGGGCUAAAGGACCAGAGGCGGCUGCAGCACUGUGUGUGCAAAUACUGCGCUGUGCGCCAAAAGCUCGUGGUAGACAUGGAAGAAAUGCGAGAACCCGACGCCGGGCACACGGUGGAAAAUGGCACAGAGGCUGAUAAACAGAAUCAGGACUUUGAAAGAUCAGGGGAGCCCUGCGAAAACGACGAUUUGGGUACCGUUGACGACAGGGAGUCCAAUGAUGGUACCGACGACGAGCGUUCACUCAGUCUCACUCAGUUCUACCCCUACAUACGCUGUGCCCUCUGCAAUGGCUUCUACAUCGAUGCCACUACUAUUACAGAAUGUCUACACACAUUCUGCAAAAGCUGCAUCGUGAAACACUUUUUUUACAGCAACCGGUGUCCAAAUUGCAACAUUGUUGUUCAUCAGACCCAGCCACUAUACAAUAUCAGGCCAGACAGACAGUUACAGGACAUUGUGUUCAAGAUGCUUCCAGAUCUGGAAGAAAGAGAGAGGGAGCGAAUGUGUGCCUUCUACAAACAGAGGGGGCUGGAGGUUCCAAAGCCAGUGCCCGUCUCGCCCAUGCCCUCAGUUAAGCCUGGCAAGCUGAAGAAGGACCAGCUGCCCCAGUCCGUGUUCACCAUCCCCUCCGAGCUGGACGUCUCCCUCGUGCUGGAGUUUGUUGGAGCAGAGGAAGGAAUUGAAAACUACAAGCCGCUGGAGAGGAAGUACGUGCGGGUGUCCGGCGAGGCCACCGUCCGCCACGUGGAGCUCUUCAUCAGGAGGAAGAUGGAGCUGAAUUCCGGCUGCCAGGUGGACGUGGUUUGCGGGGAGCAGCUCCUGGACGGGUACCAGCCGCUGAAGGAGGUUCUGAGUUCUAUCGGAGCGAGUGCCUUACAGGACGGCCUGCUGGUGCUGCACUUUGGCCUCGUCCUGCCUCCGGUUCGGCAGCGGUUCUGACGGGCCGUGCGGGUGCGGUGGCCACGGCGAUGGCGGUACUGCGGUCCGGACAGCUCCUGGUGCUGAAGAGGAGGAUGACAUUGUCUGCAGCCAGCUGCUGAAGAGCAGAGCAGACUUUCCAUCAGAUCCCCUCUGACCUUUUUCCAUCACAUCCCCCCCCAUCAGAUCCCCUCUGGCCUUUUCCAUCAGAUCCCCUCUAGACUUUUUCCCUUGCUACACACAGAGUGCUCCUUUCCUUCACAUCUUCAACUCACUGAGUGAUUGGUUGUUUUUCCAGAAUGAUCCAAAAAAUCUUUGGUGAUCCAAGAAAUCUUUACAUCCUCUUGUCGUGUUUAUUAUAGUUUUUCCUGGUUUUGACUUGACGCUCAUUAAAAUAAUUUUAGCUAAAUCAUUCAUCAUUCUAAAAUGCUAAUUUCCUAAUGAAGAUAUUCCAUUAAUUUUUCAUAUGUUUUAAUUGUGUUCUUGUCGUAAGUGCUUGGGAGUUAAUAGAAAAUGGAGGGAUGUUGGUUAUGUUUUCAUAGCAAGAAAUAAUUUGUGAUAUUUAUUUGUCUGUUUGUUUUCUUAACUGUGUUUCACCAUUUAUAUUUUCCAUUAAUUUCAUGAUCUUUCAGUUUGUAUGAUUUUAAUGCACAGGUUGUAAGUCAAGGCUAUUCUUGUUGAUGAAAUUGUAACAGGGUUCCUUAUGACUGCAGUUUUCAUUGAGAAAGAUGAUAAAUUCAGGGAAUGUUAAUUGCUCGUACCAAUAAAACAUGCAGAUUCUGAUUGUUUUGCUGCUAUUGAA